UGACUACGCCUCCGUUAUGUGAAGCCUAUAUCUACAGCAGCAGACUGUGUGAUCUGGCAGAGCAGCAGAAGCAGUUCAGCAGGAGACCGAAGGUCAAUAAAGCAGCUAUUCAUCCUGAGAGCUGAGACACAAACAAGAGCACAAUGGCCGGUGAACAACGCUUUGUAAUCAGUGCCCGCAUUAUAGGAGCCGUCCACAGGGACACACCAAAACUCAGGAUGUUCAUGAUUUCUGUGUUAUGGUCUGAUGAGACUGAAGUGAUUACCUACAGGUCCUUCCAGGAUUUUAAGGAUUUACAUCGGCAGCUGAAAAAGAGGUUCCCUCUCAUGAACCCUUUCAGGAGAAACGACAGAGUGAUCCCCAAAUUUAGAGGGGGGUCCAGGAAAAGCAGCCUCCAGCAGAAAGGAUCCAAGCGAUCCGUCCAACGAAUGAAGUUCCUGGAGAGCUACUGCAACAAACUGCUGAAGUGCGAGCCAACUGUGACUCAGAGCUCAGAGGUGGCACAGUUCUUCAUGCCCAAAGACCAUGACCUGCAGCCAGACUUCACCAAGAACAGCAUCAUGAUCCUGCUGUGUGAGGAUCUGCCCGAUGGUGAAGGAGGCGGUGAUGUGACUCGCCAGCAGGCAGGAAACAUCACUCACCCGUUUGUCACCCAGACUUACCGCUGCGUGGCUGCGUACGAGACAAAGGAUACCAAGAACCGUCCGUUUAAAGUCGCUGUGGAUGAGAAGCUGGAUGUGCUGAUCAAAGACCCUGCAGGUUGGUGGCUGGUGGAGAACGAGGAUAAGCUUUUGGCUUGGUUCCCUGCUCCCUACCUGGAGUUAUGGGAUGGAGAGGACGAUGAAAACGCUGGAUUCCAGCUUGCAGGUGCCCUGUACUGUGCCGUGAGGAGUUACUCGACUAAGAAGGAUGACGAGGUGUCUGUGCCCAUUGGCUCUGUGGUAGAGGUGCUGAGGAAGUCUGACAACGGCUGGUGGCUCAUCAGAUUCAACGGCAAGGCAGGUUACAUCCCCUCCAUGAACCUGCAGCCUUACAACAACCCACGGGCAGGCCUCUACAGCCUGCAGAGAAAGCUGCACAGCUCCACUCUGAACCUGGCAACCAGCAGGGAGCCUCAGGCUUCUCGUGCACCCAGCGUCAGUGAGGAAAUCAGCCCACGGCGGGGUUCUGCAGGUCAGUCCAGAGGAGAGCCUAGUGUGCUCUGGCGUCUCCACAAGGCCCGAUCCCUGGACGUCCUCUCUGAGACCCGCUCGCAAACACAGAUGGAGAGGGACGUCUCGACCUCAGACCACUGUGCACGCAGCACGAGCAACACAAGCAACACAAGCACUGAGACCAGCUUCUCCAGCUUCUUUUCAAGCAGUGAAUUUUCCUUAAGUCCUGCAGCCUCACCCCAGCCCGGUGUCAGCGACAGUGGGAGCAGCUUCCCUGAUCUCAGCCUCUCGGACCGCCGCAGCUCCAACACUAGCUCUGAGAGCUCUGGAUCUGUCAGCCCCAAAGGCAGUGAGACGGCCUCAAACGCUCCCAGGGUGCCACCCAGACCCAAAACCGAGGAGAUCCUGACCCGCUGCACCACCAUGACCCGGAAGGCAGCCCUGGCAACCAAGACCCGGCUUCAGAUUCAUCCAGAUUCAUCGUCCAUCCACAGCCGCUAGGGAAUCACAAGCCUCUGAUUUAUAAUGUAUUCAUGUAACAUACUUAAUCUGUUCGACCCCACAGGGUCUGUCAGUCAAAUGGGUUUUGUGCAGCAUUGUUCAUAUCUCUAUAUCAAAUUCUUGUCAUACCAAAGAUGGGAGAGAAAGCAACUUUGACUAGAUAAAUGUAUGCUGAAUACUGUAAGAUGAUGUUUAAAUAUGUCCCAUUUGUUCAAAUAGAACAUGGCAUAUUGGGUUUGAAUAUUUCACUCAGUGUAAGAAUAAUAAUGUAGCUUCAGUGAAGCGUUAGUAGAAGCAGGUACAAGAAAAUGUAUGUGACGCUGCCAUACAGUAGUAAACAGAUAUUUUAUAUUAUAUAUUUUAUGUUGUAUUUGAUGUAUCUCUCUUUACUGUUUGAUAAUAGAAAACUCACUAAAAUAUUAUGCACCUUUUAUUUGUUUUAUCUUUCCCAGCAGUGAUGUUUAGUUUUUACUAUGUUAUAUUUGACAGUUUCUCCUAAUGGAAAUAAAUGUAUAGCCUAGGGAAGGCCACCCUUUUGUAAACAGCAGCAUAGAACCCGUCAAAGAAUAGACUGAAUGCCAGAGUUAAGGCUGAAAGAUGAAAUAUGAUGGGCGUGGUUAACAAGCUGUCAGCUGACAGAAAGGAAUUCCAGUUUCCAGUCAGAACAUGUUCUCAUUUCAUUAUUGCCUUCUAUUGUCUGUUGCUUAUUUAAAAUGUCUUUUGUUCUCCCCUUCAUGUUCAGUAUAUGUAUUAUAAUGUGGAUAACAUGAACAUGUCAAUAAAAUCUAACUUUCACCACCAAA